CUUCCUCUUCCCCUAUAUUUGUGUCUCUCUACCCUUCCCUUUCAAUCAAAACUUAUUAAUCCUUCUUUUUCUUCUCCUUCUUCUUUAACUUCUCUCUCUGUAAUAUUCGCUGAAACUCAAAGAAACAUGAAUAAUAUGAAUAUGAACAGCUUGAGCAAUAACAUGGAUUCCUCUUGGCUUGGUUUCUCACUUUCUAAUAAUAAUAACCAUCUCACCUCCUCCUCUGACUCCUCUCAUCUCUGCCUCUUUGAAGCUUUUAACUCCUCCACCGCCACCGCUACUGCCACUUCAGGUAAUGUUGCACCGAGAGAAGAGGUGAUUAGCGGCAGUGGUGGUGCAACUGACUUGUCUAUUUUCUCCGGUCCUAAACUGGAGGACUUUCUUGGCGCUUCUGGAGCUGCACCGCCACUUGCGCCUCCUCCUCAACAUCAUCAGUUUUCUACUGCUGACACUCAUGAGAUUUAUGACUCCGAGCUCAAAACCAUAGCCGCUAGCUUUCUUCGCGGCUUCUCUACUGAACAAACAGAUACACAGAAGCAUCAACAACCACCACCACAACAGGAAACUCAGCUUGUUGCUGCUGAGCCCACCCCAAGAAAAACCGCUGACACCUUCGGCCAACGCACCUCCAUCUAUCGAGGCGUCACCCGACAUAGAUGGACUGGAAGAUAUGAAGCUCACUUGUGGGAUAACAGCUGCAGAAGAGAAGGCCAAAGUAGAAAAGGAAGACAAGUUUAUUUGGGUGGUUAUGAUAAAGAAGAGAAAGCAGCUAGAGCUUAUGAUCUUGCAGCUCUCAAAUAUUGGGGUCCAACCACCACUACAAACUUUCCGGUCUCUCACUAUGAGAAGGAACUAGAAGAGAUGAAGAACAUGACUAGGCAAGAGUUUGUUGCUUCUCUUAGGAGGAAAAGUAGUGGCUUCUCUCGAGGAGCUUCAAUUUACAGAGGAGUUACAAGGCAUCAUCAGCACGGUCGAUGGCAAGCGAGAAUAGGCAGAGUUGCGGGCAACAAGGAUCUCUAUCUCGGCACAUUUAGUACUCAAGAAGAAGCAGCAGAGGCCUAUGACAUUGCUGCCAUCAAGUUCAGAGGCCUAAAUGCAGUAACAAACUUCGACAUGAGUCGAUAUGAUGUUAAAAGCAUUGCAAGCAGCAACCUGCCCAUUGGAGGAGUCAAUGGCAAGUCCAAAAACUCCUCAGAAUCAGCCUCUGAUAGCAAGAGCCUAGACGGGAGCCGGACGGAUGAUAUCCGCGACAACAUCUCCUCAGCGUCAUCAGUUGCCUUUGCAUCUCAUCACCCUGCAGCUGCAACCUCAACUCUAAGUUUUGCAAUCCCCAUCAAACAAGACACAUCAGAUUACUGGUCUAACAUUCUUGGUUAUAACCAAAACACCAAUGCCAAAAACCUCACCAUAGCCCCAAGUUUGUUCCCCUCUACCACUUUUCAGAACCCAUCAACUUUCCACGUGGAUUUCUCAGUGAACUCAUCUUCAGUAAAUGAAUGCAACAACAAUGGGGUAAUUAUGAAUGGAGGAUUAUAUGUUGAUCAUCAUCAUCAGCAGCAGCAGCAGCAACAAAAUGGAACAACAAGCAGCUCAGCAACCAACGUUGCUUUGAAUAGCAACAAUGGGAAUAGUUAUAAUGAGAGUGGUGGUGGUUAUGGUAGCUGGAAUAUUGCACAAAAUCUGCAUUCUCUGCAGGCUGCAAAGGCCAAUAUAUCAGUGUUUCAGACACCAAUUUUUGGAAUGGAAUGAAUGAGAAUCUGUGCAAUGUGAAAGAGGACUUGGAGUCUAGGACAAAACCAAACCAAAAACCAAAAAAUAAUAAUAAUAAUAAUAAUUGUUUGAUAAUUUUGUGCAAUGUGAAGAAGGAUUCAGAGAAAGCUUGAUGGGUCAAACUUUUUACUUGAUGCAUGAAAAAUCAUGAAAUGAAGAGAAAGACUUUCUGACAGAGCUGACUGUACUGGUACAAGUACUAACUCUACUUGUUUGUAAAAAAAAAAAAAGAAAAAGAAAAAGAAAAAGAUAGCCCUUUUCCAAUCUUUAUCUUGCUGGAACCAGAAUCACAUUAUCAAUGUUUAAAUUUUUUCUGCCA